AUGGGUAUCAUUAAGAACGUUGCCAUCAUCGGCAAAGGCAACGCCGGCUCCGCCGUCCUCUCCGAGCUGCUAAAGGGCGGCUUCGGUGUCACAAUCCUCAGCCGCUCUAACCUGGAGGCACCUCCCGGUGCCAAGGUCGUCCAGGUUGACUACUCUUCCAUUGAGAGCGUUUCUUCGGCAUUGAGAGGACACGAUGCCGUCGUCAGCACUGUGGGGGCUGCCGGCAUCGUUGGCCAAAAGACUGUUAUCGACGCCGCCAUCCUGGCCGGUGUCAAGCGCUUCAUCCCCAGCGAUUACGGGUCCGUGAGCGCAGACCCCAAGGCAAGAAACGUGACUGUGUUCCAGCCGUUCGUCGAUAUUCAAGAUUACCUCAAGGAAAAGGCUGCAGCUGGGGAAAUCGAGUACACCAUCCUGUCCACCGGCCCUUUUCUGGACUUCAUCUUUGGUAGCCCAGUAUUCGUCGACUUCCACAACCACUCUGUGGAGUUCUACGGUGAUGGAAAACUUCGGCUCAGUUCGACCAGCAUUAGGGGUAUUGGGAAAGCCAUCGCCGGUACUCUACGCAACGCGACUGAGACGAAGAACCGUGUUCUUCACAUUCAAGAGACCAUUAUCAGCCAAGUUAAGGUGCUCGAGAUGGCAAAGAAGGCCUUACCUGAAGGAACUGGAUGGAAGGAGACAUUCGUUGAUCCAGAGGAGACCCUAAGAGCGGCUUCUGCCAAGUUUUCUGAGAGCCCAACAGAUGUUUUGGCGCUGUAUGCGCUGAUCAAGGCCGUCAUGCUCAGCGGCAAGUAUGAUACCCAGUAUCAUGAGUUGGACAACGGGAUCGUCGGUCUUGCGCAAUUUUCGGACGAGGACUUGGAGAAAUUUAUUCUCCCUAUUCUGACCAAAUCACACUAG